AUGCCUCACAACGAAGCGGGCUGCUCACCAGAGAGGUUGAGUCGGGAAACCUUAGUCGAUCAGCGACCUCAGUCCCUGAAAAAAUGGUGGCAGGGUGAAUCUUACUCUCGAAGUGGGCUACGCAACCGAUGUGACCCCUGGAUCCGCCCGCCAGAAGAACGAGAAGGAGAGGAAGAGGAGGAGAUCAAAUCGCGAAAUUCAAAAAAGCAAAGAACAACUUUCACGCGACAGCAGGUGUUGGAGCUUGAAAGAGAGUUCCGGGCGCACACAUAUCUGACCCGUUUACGUCGCUACGAACUCGCAAUUGAAUUGAGCCUCUCAGAGUGCCAGGUGAGUACCCCUUUUUGA